AAUGAGUUUGGGCAUCUAGGUUGAGUCUCUUGAACCCCACUUACAACUGCCUUGAACUCGGAUUCAUCACUAUGUGCAAGAGAUUCCUGGGUACCUGGAAACUUGUCUCUAGUGAGCACUUUGAUGAUUACAUGAAAGCCCUGGGUGUGGGUUUAGCCACCAGAAAACUAGGAAACUUGGCCAAGCCCAAUGUUAUCAUCAGCAAGAAAGGGGACACUAUAACUAUACGAACUGAGAGUACCUUUAAAACUACAGAGAUCUCCUUCAAGCUCGGUCAGGAAUUUGAAGAAACCACAGCUGAUAAUAGGAGAGCAAAGAGCAUUGUGACCUUGGAAAGAGGCUCAUUAAAUCAAGUACAGAAAUGGGAUGGCAAAGAGACAACAAUAAAGAGAAAGCUAGUGGAUGGGAAAAUGGUCGUGGAAUGUAUGCUUAAGGGUAUAGUCUGCACCCGAGUCUAUGAGAAGGCCUGAGGGAAUCAUCAGGUCAUUGCGCAUUUGGUGUCAGAAACCAGCUGCUUCGCUUGGCAAAACCUGACUACAUUGCAGAUUGUUUUUACCGUUGUCUUCAUGGGUCAGCCAGAAAAACAUCUAACUAGAGAAUUAAUUGAUCAAUGUUCAGCAUUGCUUAAACAUUUUCAGUUUCGUGUAAGUUGAUCAGUCCUAAAUAGUUGAUUAUGUCAUUAAAUUAUCUGAUAAACUCUAAUCCAUGUUGUCAGUUGUGUGUUUGAGACGAUAUUGAAGGGAAUUUUGGUACUAGAAUUGAUCAAGGAUAGCAAACUCAAAUGCCUUCACCUGCCAGGAGAGGAAUGAACAAAAAGGAUCCGAAGUUAGUCAAUCCAGUAGGAGGAGCUCUUGUGAAUCAGGAACUUGGAUGUUGUCCUUAGGUGCCAUUGAGCUGGUCCCAGCUCAUUGCAAGCCUACACACAACAGAAUGAACCACUGCCUGAUCCUGCACCAUGUCCUCACAAUUGAUGUCAUGUUUGAACACAUAGUCUAUACAAAAGGGAAGCAGACUCGGUUCUACUUAUUUUUUAAUGGCGGUGUAACUGAUCCACAAUGAAAUGUACAGAUACAAGAGUAGCGUUUGCUCUAUUUUGACAUAUGCGUGCACCCAUACAACUCAUAUCCUGAUGAAAAUCUAGGGUAUUUCCUGAAGGUCUUACAUGUUUCUCAGGCUGCUUUCUAACAUCUGCCCUCCUUUUGACCUAACCUUCACCCAAAGCAGUUAGCAUCUCUUUCUAGUGCCAUAGAUUCACUACCUAUUUUCAAAUUCAUAUAAAUAAAUCAUGGAUUAUAUACUCCUUUCUGUUGUCUUUUUAAACUCUGAAUAAUGUUUGUAAAGCUCACCUAUAUUUCAGUAUGGAAUAGUUUCUUGUAUUGCUGUAUGGUAUGCUAUUGUAUGAAUAUAUCACAGUUUAAAUAAAUGAUCAUUAAAUUUG